AAAGCCCGAUCGCUCUGCACAUUUGUCCCUGUCGCUCCUUGGUUUCUUUCCUCUCUUUCCGGUCCAUCCCCACCUCGCAUAUUUUCUGUCCAACGCCGACCAGACAUUAGCCGCCUGAAGCCCAACGAGGCGAAAAUUGCCGCGAGACCACGCCGAUCCCCCGAGCUCCGCGGAUCGCUCAUAAGAUACCCGGACCAGCGAGAUUGAGGACGCAGCCACAUUCCAGCCAAUCCGUUGAUCAAGGCACCGACAAACGCUCUCUUGUCUCCACGACAACCCAACGAAACACAGAAGCUAAACUUCCCACCAUCGACGGCCUACGACGAAGGCGGUGCGCCUGCCGCUCCCUCCCAAACCAACUUCCACCCAUCCGGCCCCGCGCGCGCACCCACACACAAAGAACCACCCAUCAGCCACCAUGGGUCUCAAUCUGCUCGACCGCAUCCAGGCCAAGAUCGAGCUUUUCCGCCUCGAGCAGCGCUACACGCGCCGGCGCCACCGCCGCUCGACCUUCGUGUCCAACGCCAUCUACGUCGACGGCGAGUACAUCUACCAGUCGCCCAACACGACGGGCUCCUCGUCCAGCACGAGCCGGAGCGCGGCCUCCACAGUGACAACGGCCGCUGCAUCCGCGGCAAGGCACGUAGUCGGCGCGGGAGAGAGUACCAGCAAGCAGCAGAAGCGGCUCAAUCGGUGGUCGUCCAUGCCCGGGUUUGGGUCGAGCGCGAAGCCGGAAGUGAUGGGUGCCAUGCCGACGGUGCGGGAACAGGGCGAGUGGAGGAACAGGGUUAGUUUCCAUGACGAGAGGGGAUAUUGAGGAGCGAGUGUAAGAGGUGGAGUUUUGUUGGGUUUUCUGUUCGGUGUUUCGGAUGUUUCGGUGGCGGGUGGCUCUUGAUCGGCCCGCUUUGGGGAUCGCCGAUGCGGCAGUUGCUGUCCGCCCGCGUCAUCCCGGGUCGGAGGUGCCUCUGUUGCACGGGGUCCGGGGACGGCGGAUGGCGGUUGUGGCACAGGCGAUGGCGCUCGACUUGCGCUGACUCCUGUGCCGUUGGCUCCUCCUUGCGGCGGUACCGGAGCCACCCUUCAAUAUUUUUGGCUAUUUCGAUCAUUUCUUUCUGACGACCAAAAGUUCUGCUCUUCGGUCGGGCUCGGCGCCUAGACGGAGCAUUGACGAUACGGCCUGCUUUUUACGACGUCGCUACACUUCGGUUGGCAUGUUGGCAUUCUUGCAAGGUCUGUGGGGGCAUUUUUAUGCAUGGUAUCUUGUCAUGUCGAGGUGGAGAGUGGAGUGGCCUCGAUUGGGGUUAGACGGCUUCAUGGACUUGCUCCGGAGAAGCGGGCUGCGGAAGCCUGACAGCGGCGUGGGCGGACUCUUGUAAUCCUACCACGGGCUUGCUGUUCUCGCUGUCAGCGUGCCGGGUGAACGCCAGCGCCAGCCUUCACCGGCGCGGCGGAUGUAUGUAUGGCUUAUUGAAGUUUAUCCCAUCGCGGCUGCGAUGAUUGUUGUGGGUCACAG